CGGAUGUCACCACAACCGAUGCCACUACAACGGAUGUCACCACAACCGAUGCCACUGCAACUGGUGUCACCACAACCGAUGCCACUGCAACUGAUGUCACCACAACCGAUGUCACUGCAACUGAUGUCACCACAACCGAUGUCACUGCAACUGAUGUCACCACAACCGAUGCCACUGCAAUUGAUGUCACCACAACCGAUUCCACUACAGCUGAUUCAGCUACAGCGGAAUCCACUACAGAUAUCACGGUAACUGUUUCAACUACGGCAGAUUCCGCAACAACGGGUUCCACGUCUGAAUCAACCACAGGCGACUCUGCUGCCACUGGCUCCACUGCCUCCGCCCCCAGCACAACGCCGUCUCAGGACCGAAUCGACGCCGAAGACUUGCUCAGCAGGUUCAUCCAGCUUCUCAGCGACCUCGCAGCCCCUGUCAGCGACGAAAACGCCCAAGAAAUCGACGACGGCACCGUCAACGUCAACAGCUUCAUCGCCGAGUUCGAUGACCUGAUCGAUCUGAUUGCGCAGACGGCCAAGAGGCUCACGGACGGAACCAGAGCGAUUCUGCCGCAAGCUCGAAGCGACACACAGCAGCUGCUGGAGAGGAUCAGAGACGUCCGCAUAGCUAUCCGAGAGGAGGUUGACCAGCUGAAUCCAUUGGCUGAAAAUACAAUUAUCCUGCCCACACUGGCACCUUAAAGGAUAGAAUGUAGUGACUCUAAUUACAGAGCUUAUUUUUGUCAACACAUUGUGAUCCCACUAUCUUGUCAAGACAAGAUCAAAUGUAACGUCAAAGCCGAAGAACUACUGUGUUUCCUGCAAAUCAGACUUGCAUUUAACAUCAAAUAAAAAUCUGAAAUUGUAUUGCGAGUUUUUUAUGCUAAUCUAUUAAAAUGCUUAUAAUGAAA